UUGUCUGUUGUCGCUUGGUUCAAUGUACGUGUUUCUCUUUAAUUCCCCAAGUCCUCGUUGUAUUUACCUAAUUGAAGCAUCUCGUUUGCAAUUUCUUGAACUACUUGUUUUUUGAUUAUCAUAUAUUACUGUCUGUGUUGAUGAAAUAACUUUUGUGUUCGUAAAUUAUCUCGUAAUGUCAAAUUUGUCUGUGAUCUAAAACAAUAUAGAAUGUUACAUCAUACUGCAACCUCAGGAUCGACGCAGAAUGAGGUAACCGGCGAAAUCUAUGCUCACGUCCUUUUUUUCCUGCUCAUGAUUGGUAGUAAAAACGGUAGGAGGUGAACGUUGGAUAAAUCCUUCUUAUAUACUUUCCAUAAGAUAAUAUAUCAUCAAACCCUAUUAUAAUGGUGCCAAAUAAAGUGAAAAUAACUACGAAAGUCUAUUUUCUGAGUCAAAUCCACAGCGACAACUACGUCGUUGUUGCUAACAUUAUAUAAUUAACCUAUCCUGUGCCGAUAGAUAACUUAGUUUUAGAAUCAUAAGUACAUUUUUUGUCUAAAAAAGCAUGAAAAUGUCGAUCAACAGCUUUAAUCAGUAAAUGAUGCGUAGUUUAGCCUAAGUUCACUUUGUUUGGUAAUAAUCCCAGUUAAAAAUUUAAGAUUAUACUUUUCAUGUGCUAAGUUCCUAGUUUUUUAUUUUUCUUUCCGAAGAGCUGAUCUCCAAGUAGACUAGGAAGUUCAGGACCAUGGUCAAACCAGAGCCUUCCGCGACAAAAUUAAUCUUGUGACUGACAUCCUGACAUGUCUACCAAAAUUACAUUCUGUGAUGGUUUUAAGUGGUUAUCGGAUUUUUAUUCAGAUUCCCAGUGAAACAUUGGAUUGAAUGCCCAGCGUGUUAUACUAAUUUCUGAAAAAUGAAUGGGUGGAUGUAAUUACUGUGUUAUUUAGCUCAUGUUGUUUACUUCUGAAUAAAGAUAUAGAAUGUCGUUGAAACCAUCUUUCGAUUACAUCAGUAUCUGGUUGUAUUAGUUCAAAGUUUAACAGCCCUAAAAUUUUAACUGUACUUGUGCUCUCUAUUUUCGCACUAUGGUCCUAACUUCGGGUAAUGAUCGCGAAAGUGUUAGGACUUAUUCGCCAUAAUGUAUCCACUAUCCGGAUAAUGUUCGCUGAUGUUAUAUUCUAAUAUUAACCUCGUUUUCCCAAUCAAAGGGGAGUAUUUCGUUGUAACGUUGUUCGUGAACGGGAAUAUAGGGCUUAUAGCUUUAAUAGUAUAACUUGAAAUCUCAUGUCGUCUUUUGUUGCUUUGUAAUUAUAACUCAUACACAUCUUUUUCCAAAUUUCAUUUGUGUGAAGUGUUUUUAAAAUGUCAGACAAACAUUACACGUAACGUAAACGCCAAAGUAAAUGUGGUCUGAGUAUUUGUUAUGGAAUAAUGACUUAGAUUUAUAAAAUCUACUUACUUGGAGCAAUAUUAUUAUUUUUUAAUGGGAUAUUAUUACCUAAUCUGUCUACCAAGACUUUUUUGUUACUGAAUGGGUAGUAAAGUCUUUAGAGGUUAAUUUAUCUAUCUAUCUGGGUGAAGUAUUUGAGUUUUUGGUCACUUUGCAAUCAGAGUUAGUUAUGAACAUAUAUGACGUACACCAGUCGAUUGAUAAGCCUAUCACAUUUUUUUCAAAGCUUUUUAUAAAAAUAUCAAAUUAAACUAUCAUGAAUGUGUCCGGAUUUCUUGAAACGCCAACUCGUAACACGAAAUGCAACCGACUUUCAGUUAUUGAAUCCGUUCAAAACCCUGAGACCAUAGUAAUCUAAACUAGUUCCUCCAUUAACCUGGUUUAUCUAUUAAGUGAAAACUAAAGAUCGAACUUGUCUUUUGUCGUUAUUUUUAUAGCUUUUAAAGAAGUUUAUAUAAUUGUUUUUUAACUUUUUGAUCACGACUUUGGAGAUUUCACUUUUUUGGUCAAUUUUAUUUUAUACUGCGUUCUACACAAAUUUGUCUCGACUAAUCUGUAGCAUUUAUGUUAUCGAUUUUUAGAUACGAAGUGCAGUCUACACUGAAUAGUUGUUUGUGUAUAAUGCAUCUACAGAAAUACAUAGUCUGCUUGUUGUUGACGCUUCUCAAUAUCUUUGAUCACCCUUAAGACAUAGAGAAACUAUUUUUGACUUAUACUUUUGCUUACUAAAUUGUCCUGAGUAAUGGUUUUGCAAUAUUAACCGUUUCAAAUUGUUUUCCAGUUGUUUUAGCUGAUUAUCGUUUGAUCACAGGGUUUUUUAAUCACAUUUCUCUUUAAUUUCAUCCUCUACACGUUCACUCAAAUAAAAUUGUUUCAAUACUCAAUAACGGCAACAUCAACAACAUACCUAUAGGUUAAAUCCAAUAAUAACGUCUAUAUAAUCAGAGUUUCUCAAACUCCCGAAAACCUCCUGUUUAGCUAACUGAUAUAGUUAGUUUCACUAAGCCAUUAAAAAUAAUGAAUAAUUCAACUUCCCCAAAGUGCCGCUCAUUCGAUAAAGAAAUGAAUCGAAUAGAUAUUCAAUGCAGUUUUGUAAGUUGGGAGGUAACUUUUCGUGAUCUUGGUACUUUUAUAACGUUAAAGUCUACGUAGUUGUAAAAACCUGCACAACGAAAAUGUGAAUAGAUAAGAUUACUGUAUUUUAAAAAAUGGAACAUUGUAGUCUAAGUGAUUGAAAUGUAACUAUCGCACGUUUAUCGGAUCAUUUUUAAGAAUAUUUGCUGAAGAGUUAAAAAAAAUGUAAAUAUGAAAAGAUAACCACACUUAGUUUUACUUCAGAAUUUUCUGACCUUAGAGUUGUUUGUGAAAUGGUUGAGUCAUAAAUAUCUUGUUUUUUUAAUUCUUACCGAAAACUUAUUUUAAAGUGAUAACUAACUCAAUGCUUACUUUUUUAACCUUUAAAUGUUUUUUAGUCAACUGUAAUACAAAAUGUUGCCAACUUUUCAUUGGUCAGAUUAUUUGGUUUUCGGUAUUUCGCUUAUUUGUUACUCCCUGAUUGGAAUUUAUCAUCGAUAUCAUGAUGUAAUUUUUGGAAAAUUAACUAAUUGUUUUCGUGGUAUCAACUUUCAACCAAAAGUGAGAAAGAAAAUGAACGUAGAAGAAUUAUUCUUAGGUGAUCGUAAUUUGACAUUGUUACCUAUUGUUGGAAGUGUAAUGGCCAGUUUUUUAUCAGCUGUCGGUAUAUUGGGCACUGCAUCUGAAGCUUAUCAAUGUGGUAUUCAAUUUAUAACAUUGGUUGGAGGUUAUUGUAUUGCAUUUCCAUUAGCUGCAUAUGUUUACAUGCCAGUAUUUUAUAAACUCAGAUUGAACAGUGCUCAUGAAUAUUUAGAAAUGCGAUUUGGAAAACUUGUUCGAUGGACAGCUUCACUUGUAUUCUUAUUACAAAUGACAGUUUACAUUGCUCUUGCAUUGUAUGCGCCUGCUUUGGCAUUCAGUCAAGUUAGUGGUCUACCCAUUUGGAUAUCGAUAUUGUCUACUGGUUUAGUGGCUACAUUCUAUACAGCUUUUGGAGGUAUUCGUGCAGUAGUAUGGGUUGAUCUUUUCCAACUAAUUGUUCUCAUCAGUGGAUUUUGUUUAAUCACACUAUUAAUUACUUUAAAAGUUGGUGGAUUCCAACGUCUAUGGGGGAUAGUAAUAGACGGUCAGCGUGUUCAAUCUUUCGAUUUUAGUAUUGAUCCUUUUAAACGACAUACAUUAUGGACUUUAAUUAUUGGUGGGACCGGAUUGGUUCUUAGUAUAUUCGGUGCUAAUCAAACACAAAUUCAACGUUAUAUGGCAUGUAGAGAUUUAAAAACUGCUCGAAGAGCUAUAUUACUAAAUAUUCCAUUGACAAGUGUAUUUUUAGCAGUACAAUUAUUCACUGGCUUAGCUAUUUAUGCUUAUUUUGCUGGUUGUGAUCCAGUAUUAAAUGGAUCUAUUAAACGUUAUGAUCAAAUAUUACCCUACAUAGUAAUGAUUUUAUUCGAUGGUGUACUACUUGUUCGUGGAAUAUUUCUAUCAGUUAUAUUUGCAGCUGCUUUAAGUACUGUAUCAUCAGGUGUAAAUAGUUUGGCUAAUGUUUGCUUAGAAGAUUUAAUUCGACCAUUGUAUAUUCAUUGGAGACAUGUGGAUAUUUCAGAAAGAUCUAAAUAUCGGUUGGCCAUAUUUUUAGGUAUUUUAUUUGGUACUUUAACUGUAUCAUUGGCUUUCAUAUUUACAUUAUCCAGUUCACAUAUUUUACAAAUAUCAUUUUCUUUAUUCGGUGCAAUUGGUGGUCCAGUUUUAACUGUAUUUACUGCUGGAAUAUUUUUUCCAUGUAUUAAUGCUGAAGGUGGAUUGUGUGCAUUAAUUAGUGGUGUUAUUUGUGGUUUAUGGAUUUGCAUUGGAAAUACAUUUAUAACUUCAAGAACUGAUAAUGAUCGUUUACCUUUAACCAUUGAAAAUUGUUCAUCUAAAAUUCUUCAAAAUAUAUCAUCAUCUAUUGUAACUGGUACAACGAAUACAUCAAUUACUACUGUUAAUAUUAUAAAGACGACAACAUGGUCAUUUUAUUCACUUUCAUAUCUUUAUUAUGCAACAGCUUGUUUAAUUGUUGGAAUUCCUGUAGGAUUUAUAAUUAGCGGAAUUACAGGAUUUAAUAGUCGAUCACAGGUUAAUCCACGUUUAUUGGCUUGGCAGGCACGUUCAUUCUAUAGACAUUUUCCAAAUUGGCUUCCUCCACAAACAGCAAAUGAUCAGGAAUUUAAUCCAAUCUCUUCCACAUACAUUGAGAAAACAGAAAUUUUAGACAUGAAAUUACCUCGUUUACAAGUAAUCAACAACAACAACAACAACAACAAUUCCAUCAAUAGAAAAUGAUCAAUCCAAAGAUUCUACUAUUUGAUAUAGCAAUAAUAAUACAAGGAAGCUAUAAUGUGAACAAUAGAGUAUACUUGACCAAUUCUUGUUUAUCCUUCAUAACUAUUUCUUUCAUCUUUAUAUUAAUUAAAUCAUAUUUAUCAACAUAAAUAUGAUCAAUGAUGAACACAAUGAAUCCGACUGUAAAGAGUGAACUAUAAUGUCGGUUUUUACUCAUUCCCAUAUUUUGUUUUACAUUACUCAUGAAAAUAGAAAUCAAAUAUUAGGAUGUUCAUUUGUUAAUAGAUUAUUUCAUUUUCAAACUAUCGUUUAUUUUCAUAUAAAAGAUGAAUAACAAAAUAGUUUACUUGUUUACUAAUAG